CGCCGCCGUUUCUCUCCGUACUCUCUCCUUCUCCUUCUAUACGAAGAAAUUUAUGGAAGGAAACAAAAAAAGCUAAAGAGGCAAGGAAGAAUUCGUUCGAUCGAUUCGAGCAAAUCGGCACGUUUUCGCGAUCAUUGGGAAGCUUUUUUUUUUUUCUUGAAUUCUUAAAAGCUUGGAAUUCAAAAAAAGCGAGGGAUUCGGAGAAUGAGCUAACGGAUAAGUGAUUCUUACACGGCCUCCAUCUUUUUACUUGAGCUUGGUGGGGUUUAAAAGAGGUUCUUCAACUCUUGGUUUCAGAAAUGAGGAAGUUCUUUUCCUUUAGAUCUUCAUCAUCCAGCAAUGCAAACAGAAACCCAACACCUACAGCUCCUGUAUCUUCCAGAAAGGUCAACAGCUAUCAGGAGACACCAUGUCAGAAUGGUGCAAAAAUUCCAGUGGUUGAAAAGAUUCAGGAUGGCUCUCAAAUGCUCAAGUACUCUGCUUUUAAGCCAGUGAAUCAACACCAGGAAAGUGAUAUUUCAUCUUGUUCGCUUCAUAGAAGGAGCCUUUCGUUUUCCUCUGCAAUUCAAAGUGGCACAGGAGAAGGAAAUAUGUGUUAUUUAAGCAAUUUAAGCAGAUCACCAUCUAGCUGUGGAAGUUCACCCUGUCAUGUCACCGAAUGCCAUGCACGCUGCAAUCCUCAGAAUGCAGAAGGUUGUACAACACCUAAAAGAGGUGGUCGAUCUGCAGUUCGUCAUUUACAUGCUGUUGAGAAACUAGAUUCUCCUUGUUCAUCCAAAGGUUGUCAGUGUUUAUCAGGAAAUUCACCUUACAAGUCUCCAAUUCCACUAAGAUGCAGGGCUGCUUGCCUAACUCAGGUUUUAGAUAAAAACAAAAUUCUAGACCACUAUGUUGAUGGAGAGCAUCAGGAUGUCAAAUCCCAGAAGGAUUCUCAGAACCAUUUUCCUGAUACUGAAAAUGAUUGUUGUCCAGCAAAGAAUAAAGCAUUUCCCUGCUCAGGAAGACCACCACGCGCUCAAUGUACGGCGCCAUCUUCACCAUCAUAUAGCAAAGAGAACCUUAGAACCUACUCAUUUAGAGAAGUAAAAGAUAUCCGACGCCACCUUUCUGCAAGAGAUUGGAAAAGAGAUGAUCUCGUGCCAGCAUCCCCACAGAGGCAUACAAAAAAGACUCCAGAGAAUCCAUUGCAUGCAUGGCAUGAGAGAUCUAUGAUGAAAUCACAAGAUUAUGACUCUGAAACUAUUACAACAAUUGAAGAUAUAUAUGAGGAUUCAUCAGAACAUUCAAAUGACAUUGACCACCAUUGUUCUACUGAUUGCUCUCGGCCUUAUGAGAAUUUUAACGACUAUUGUAAUGAGGAGUCAUUGGGUUUUCAAAGUCCAAAUUGUUUUCUCAAAAAUGUUUCAAUGGACAAUAAAAAUGAUAAAUUCACAAGUCCUGUGCUAUUGGAAUGGGAUAUAGGCCAAGAGUUACUUAAAAAGGUGAAGGAGGUAGAACAAAUUGUCAUGCUUCUAUCUGAGGAAGAUUUGGAGCUGGAAGAACUUCAGAACUGCAGUUUAAAUGCACCAGCAUUGCUGCAGACAAUUAGGAAUAUUAGUGAAAACAGGAAAAGCUUGGCAGUUGAGCUCUUAUCACAGAUAAAGUUCCGACUUGCAGAGAGGUCCGAUGCAAAAGAGGGAUUGAAACAGGCUAAGUUAGAACAAGACAUUCGAACUAGGAGGCUAGAAAAGGAGAAGAUUGAACUGCAAUCAAGCUUAGAAAAGGAAUUGGACAGAAGGUCCAGUGACUGGUCCUUGAAGCUUGAAAAGUUUCUAUCUGAUGAGCAGAGGCUUCGGGAACGGGUAAGGGAACUGGCAGAGCAAAAUGUAUCUCUUCAGAGGGAAAUAUCUUCACUUAAAGGGUUUGAGGUGGAUACAAGAAAUCAGAUUUUGAAUUCUGAAAUGCAAGUAAAUGAUCUGACAGCUAGUUUGGAGCAAGCAAGGACAGAGAACCACGACCUCCAUCAAGCCUUAUCACAGUUGCAGGAACGCUUAAAUGGUGCAGAAGAGGAUCAGGAGUUUAUCAGAAGAAGCUACAAGGAGAAAGAGAGGGAGAACAAGGAAUUGCAGAAAGUGGUUGUACAGUUGCAAAGGGUGUGCACUGAACAAGAUAAGACAAUUAAUGGUUUGAGACAGGGCUUUACUGAUGAAAUUGCAAAGCAAUCAAUAGAGAGAGGCGAUCAUGAAAGAAUGUUGCAGAUGGAGAUAUUAAGAUUGACAGGUGUGGAACAAAACCUAAGGAAGGAGGUAGAGACUUUAAGGCAUGAACUGGAAUCCCUGAGGCAUGAGAACAUGGGCCUCUUGAAUCGCCUGCAUGCUACUGGAAAUGGCUAUGGGUUCUCCGCAGUUAAGCUUGACCAGGAGCUUUGUGCCCAAGUAGAUUUCUUGCAGCAUAAGGGCUUGUCCUUGCUCCAUGAUUUUGAUCAACUUACUGGUGAGUUAUUGAGCUUUAUAAAUUGCCAGAAGAAGUGUGAACAUGACCAAGAAGCUAACAAUGAUUUUGAUGGAUAUCCAUUUGCUGACUACACUAUGAAAUAUCAGAGUUUAAGGAGAGGACGUGAAAAUUUUAGAAGAAGUAUGCAAACAAUAGCAGCAAUUUUAGUCGAUAAGUCCAGUUCACGAGCAUUGGAUUGUCAGUUAGAAACUACAGAACAUGUCGGGUCACAGCAUUCAAAGGAUCAACUAGAACAUGAAUUGAUGGCAGAAACUAUGCUAACGAGAGUACUGCGAGAGAAGCUAUGCUCUAAAGAACUGGAAAUUGAUCAACUAAAGGCAGACUUGGCUUCUUCAAUAAUGGUUCAUGAUGUCUUGCAAACUGAGAUUCAGAGGCUGCAGGACGAACUAUCCGGUCUCACCCACAAGAUGAAGGAUACAGAGCUUCAGAUGCUGAAGAAAGAUGAAAGCAUCAAGCAGCUCCAGCAUGAUCUACAAGAGUGCACAAAGGAACUGACUGCAACUCACAAUAUACUUAGAAAAGUUUCUGAGGAGAGGGACCAUAUGUGGGAGGAGGUGAAGCGUUCGAGAGAGGCAGUUAUGCUUCUGAAUCAUGAGGUCCUUUCUCUUAAAAAGAAAAUUGAAAAACUUGAAGAAGAUGUUCUCACCAAAGAGGGCCAGAUUGCUAUCUUGAAAGACAGCCUUGGUGACAGGCCAUUUGAUAUCAUCUGUAGUCCUAGAUCGGUGAAAGAAUUUUCACUGGAAUGAGUACAAAUUAGAUGAAGGCUGAUGAAUGUUCCUUUUAUUGGGAUGUUGUUCUAGGCUUCUCGAGCUUAUAUCAAAUUUAUCAGAAGAAAUCUUUCAAUGUUUGACAGUGUCUGGGUAAACAACCGCUGUUGAUAGAAACAAAUUGUACUUUUCAUAUAUUUUGUUUGUCAUUCUUGUGUUUUUCAUUGAUUGAACACUUACAGGUAAGUUUGUUGGUGUCGUUUUUUUUCUUUAGUUUCUUUUAUAGCUAUCCAAAUGUUUAACGGAGAAAGAUUACUGAUACAGAAAAAUGGGGGUUGUUUGAUAUUUUUUGUGUACAUAAAUGAGUCCGAUGGCAAACUUUAUGCAAUAAAUAUUGUGUUACUGGAUUUCUAAUUUUUUUUAAAAAAUAUAUUAUUGUUCCUCUCUUGGGGGAUUGGCUA